AGACAGAUGGGUCGUUCUCUUUGCUGUGAGAAAGCCCACACCAACAAAGGUGCAUGGACCAAAGAAGAAGAUCAGCGCCUCAUCAACUACAACAGAGCCCAUGGCGAGGGCUGCUGGAGAUCUCUCCCCAGAGCCGCAGGUUUGCUGCGUUGUGGAAAGAGUUGCAGAUUAAGAUGGAUAAAUUACCUGAGGCCUGAUCUCAAAAGAGGCAAUUUUACUGAAGAAGAAGACGAGCUCAUCAUCAAACUCCAUAGUUUACUUGGAAACAAAUGGUCUCUAAUUGCUGGUAGAUUACCCGGAAGAACGGACAAUGAAAUCAAGAACUAUUGGAAUACCCACAUCAGGGUACUCCAGACGCCACUUAUAUGGGAGAUCUCCACGCUCCUCGACAUAUUCCCGUUGAAAGAGCUCGAGCUAUCUCUGGACAUCAGAGAGCAUAUUGAGCUUAUGCAGAGCCAGUCAAGCAAAGCCAAGUUAUUUAUUGACCAACGUGAUGAGAUGCUGCGGCUUCAGCUCUUCUCCUUCCUUGAAGAGUUUGAGCGGGGACAUAUUCCUGAUCAGGAAGAGUUGCGUACUCUUUUCAUCGACAGAUUGGGGAUUCGAGAUGCAAAAACUUGUAGAGUUGAGAUUGAAUUCCUGGAAGAGCAGAUUUAUAAUCUUGAGGGGAAGUUGAACCGACUGUCUCAGUACUCAAUGGGUUUGUCGCCCUUACAAGAUAGUCCAGAUACGACAAUGGAAACCAUUGCAGUGGCUGCAGCUUCCAAAGCUGCAAUCAAAGCUAACACAGGAACAGCUGAGCUUCUAAUUCAACAGUUAUCAAAUGGGUCAGAGGUGGUAAAAACAGUCGCUGUUCGCGAGCUGCGGUUGCUGGCUAAAACUGGAAGAGAGAAUGGCUGA